GCUUUCACCUGGAUUAGUAUCACCCCCAGGUGCAUCUGGUCAGUCUGUCAUAGAAAGAGCAGGUGUUCCUAAUGUUUUGUACACUGUGUAUAGCAUCAUGUUUUCUCUAAUACGAGUGCUGUACGAACCUUAAGUUCUCACAUCACAAGAGUUCUCACAUUCUGGCAACUCUAUUUAUGCCAUAACGUUUCCUUCCAGCGCGUUCGUCUCUCCUCCGCUAUUUCCGCUAAACUUGUCACAUGACAGAUAAAAAAUCCUGGCAUAAGUAUUCAUUUCACAAUCUUUCUGUUAUCAUUCAAAAAAGACAGUAGGCUAUUCCAUCCUCCGAUUACGACAUGAGGUUAAAAUGUUAGCAUGCCUUCAAUUCGACAAGAAUGUGUGAUAUUUGAGGAACGUAUAUGUAGCAGACGCUGUAACGUGCAAGAAAACAGGAGUUAUAACAAUUUUUUGGGGGGGACGACUCCCAACUCAAUCACGGGAUAUCCUGCUAACUUAACGGGAGCGAAUAGUUUAUCUAGGCCUACGAAAGAGGAGAAAGGUACAUUUUCAAGGGAAAUGUAAUGCUAAAAACAAUGUCUGAACCAGAUAAAAAGGAAAUCACUCCAGAAGAGGCGCCGGAAAAUGGAAAGGGGAUAAGAAACAGUGGAAAUGCAUCUGAAACUGGGAACAGAAAGACAAAGGGUGAUUUUGACCUUGCAGCAGUGUACGUGUCAGACGCCCAGUAUAACAGGAACAUAUUUUUUGACACAACACCUCAAGCUAUAAGAUUGUACCUGCUCUAUAACCAUUGGGGGUUGCAGAUCCUGGUGUAUGCCUUCAUCCUAGUGGACCUGGCUUUGGCCAUCUUUGAAGACCCAGCAGUUGUCCCUCUGCCAAUAUGGGUUACCUCAGUGAUCGAGCUUGUCUGUCUGGCAGCCUUCACUGCUCGGCUCGUGCACUACGCCAAAGUCAUUCCCCGGGAAAGGUUUUGGAAAGACCCCAAGAACAUCUGCAUCUUUGCCAUCAUUUUGCUCUCUCUUGUUGACAUGAUCAUUUAUGGGGCGUUGAAAGCCAGUGGUUUCUACGCUGUCCGCUGGUCGCGGGUACUGAGGCCCCUUCUACUGGUCAAUAUCACUGAGGGAAGACAGCUCCGGAGAGCGUUCCGAAGCAUCCGGAACGCACUGCCUCAGAUCCUCUAUGUCUUCCUGCUCUUCAUGUUCAGUGUGCUCAUGUUCUCACUCAUGGCCCUCAAACUUUUUGGAAAAAGGGGCCUUAAAACAAUAGAGGGACGCCCCUAUUUCACCAACUAUCUGGAGAUUGUCUUUGAUCUCUAUGUCCUAGUCACGACUGCCAACAGCCCGGAUAUCAUGAUGCCAGCGUACAACUUCAGCGUUUACUUUGCCGUGUUCUUCAUCACCUAUAUCCUCAUCAACACCUACAUCUUCAUGUCAGUGUUCCUGGCGGUCGUGUACAACAACUACAAAAAGUACCUGAAGGAAGAAGUACGGAAGCUCGUCAGGGCCAAGAGGCACAAGAUGGUGCGUGCCUUCGGUGUGCUGCAGGAGAGGAAGGGAGAGGGGGAGCCUGUGGUAAGCCAGGCCUGUUGGAACCAGCUUGUGCGGUUGGUCCAGCCGGACAUCAGCAACGCCCACAGGGAGCUGCUGUGGAGCGUCUCCGACGACAACAACAAAGGCUGCAUAGGGAAAGUGGCAUUUGUUCAGCUUGCGGACCUCCUGAACAUCCAGGUGAUCAUGAUGAAGUCACGGCCUCACCCCCUUAAGACAUGGCUCCCCUCUCUCUAUCUCUCCUCCCCCAGUCGUCUCGUCUGCCGCAUGGUCCAGCACAAGGCGUUCAUGUACACCUAUGACCUGAUCAUCCUGGUUAACGCUGUGUUCAUCGGCCUGGAUGAGGAGGACCCGUUGAUAGCCAACGUAGAGUGGGCUUUCCUGGUUCUCUAUCUCCUAGAGAUCCUCCUCAAACUGUACAGCUUCGAACCGCGCGCCUUCUUCUCCAGACACCAGUUCUGGAAUUGGUUUGACACCAUCAUUGUCAUCACUGCCUUGAUUGCUAUGAUCAUCAAUUCAGCACUGAAAUUAUCUGGAGGCUACACCAGCCGUCAGAUCCUGGACAUUGUGUUCAUCCUGCGCAUCCUGAGGCUCAUACGAGUGGUGGACAACAUCAAAAGGUUCCGUGCCAUCAUCAACACCCUCAUCAAGAUUGGACCAACGAUACUCACCUUCGGACAGCUCAUUGUCGUGGUCUAUUACAUAUUCGCCAUGGUGGGAAUGGAGCUGUUCAAAGGGAAAAUACGCUUUUUUGAGGCCAACUCCACUGAUCCGGAUAAGGCAUUCUGUGGAAACCCUCUGCUCAAAAACUCAGUGUUUGCCAAGCACAACUACUGCAAGAACAACUUUAACAACGUUGUUUCCUCUUUUAUCCUAUUACUGGAACUCACCGUGGUCAACCAGUGGCAUGUGCUGUCCAGCGGUUUCACCGCGGUCACUCACAUCUCAGCCAGGAUGUUCUUUGUCCUCUUCCACAUUGUAGUUGUCAUCAUCAUUAUCAAUAUUUUCAUUGCUUUCGUCCUGGAAGCCUUCUUCGUGGAGUACACCGUAGACCAAAGUAACCUACAAUCUUCUCUGGAAAAGAAAAUUGAGGAACUGGAAUUGGGCGUCAAACAAGAGAAACUGGAUGGAAACUUGGUGGAUGCCAUGGAAACGAACGACAAUGAUAUGGGCAACUCUGAGUCGACCAAGGAAAAACCUGCACUCAUGUUCAAGAUCGCCUGUAAAAGAUACAAAACCGUGGAUGGUUUGUUACAGAGGAUGUUUGAGGCGGACCUAGACCCAGAGGAUUUUGCGGAUGACGAAGAUUUCGAUCCCAAUAACCCAUCAAAUCUGAACUUCCCAAAUCCAAACUUUGAUUCUGUAUAGCCAUGGUCAGAAAGGGAAUAAAUAUUCUAAAUUAGCUUUCUGUUUUUGUACUGGAAUGCCUUUAUAUUAUGUAGCAUCAUCAAAAAUAUAUAUUUUAUGAAAUAUUUCUAGGUUUAUGUAAAACAAAAUACACUUUAAACGGGUAACAUUCCUCAAUGUGAUAUUUAGCUAGGUAUUUUCUUUCAUUUACUUAUUUUUGUACAUCUCUUGACAACACAAUCCACAUUCAUCAAAAAUGAGAUUGUAUUCUUGUUUGAGUAUAGAUUAUCAAAUGCUGUUUGCUUUAUCUCUAUCAUGAAGGGAAAACUGAAAUUGGAAUAUCUACUGAGGUAAUUUGCUGCAGCAUAAAAGGUUGUUUCUAUUGGGAAAUCUGACUCAAAUACAGACUUUACUCAUUUAUUUUUACUUGAUUUAUAUUGUCAUUUAUGCACAGUUUCCCGGAUACAGAUCAGGCCUUCUGGACUAAAAAGCAUGUUCAAUACAGAAUCUCAAUAGUUUAAUCUGUGUCCAGGGAACCAGCCCUUGAAGUUCAGUCACCAAUCAACCUUCAAUACAACCAUUACUCUGUAGGCCUAUGUACAUCAUUUAUUUCUCUAUUAAUAAAGCAUACCAGCUAAGGGC